AUGGUAGAGGUUCCUGGUUUAGUCGAUAAUGAGAUCAGCAGAGAGGACUCGAUACAUCACAUGAGCCACCCCCAGAAGCGGCCAGAGCUCCCCCCUCUGCCUACGUCUGCCAGUGAGGAACCAUCUGAACUCUAUCAGACGAUCAUGGCACACAGCCUUUAUCCCCCACUGAUGCAACGUACCUCAUGGACUCUCGCUGCCCCCUUCAAAGAGCAACAUCAGUACCGCGGGCCCAGCGACGCCAUUGGCAACAACUACACCCUGACGGCCCAGCAUCUGAAGUUGAAAAACAUGGCAAAGACCACUCAGUCGGUUGCCGCCAACAUCCCCAGGGAGAAGCGACUUCAGGUGCUGCCACCAGGUAUGUGGAAAUUUACCAAAACCAUGCCCAAUAAGAAGAAAAUGAAGCUUUCCUGCAGAGACACCGGGGAAUCCAGCAGGACCAGACUGGUCCAGCACAGGUCGCCAUCCUUGACUGGGAAGGACAUGGAGACAUCCGUGGACUUCCCAGGAAGCCAACCAAUGAGUCCGGAAGAACAGUUUGAUGUGAUGUUACGACAGGAGAUGGAACUAGAAAGUAAAGAAAGCCAACCGUCCGAAUCCGACUUGGAGAGAUACUACUUCUAUUUGACCAACGGGGUCCGGAGAGACAUGAUUGCCCCCGAGGACGAUGAAGUGGCAGUCCGGAUUUCAAAGUUGAUUCCUAACAAACUGCUAACAAGCACCUUGGAGCCCCUGCUGAAGGAGCUCUUUCAGGAGAAGGAAAAGGACUAUUACGACAGCCUGAGGAAAAGCAUUGUUGAUUACAUCCUCAUGGACCCCACAGAGAGAAAAAGACUCUGCAUCACAAGCAUCCCCCGCCCGUUUCCUCAGAGGGUGAUCCGGGCCCCCGUGCCCUGGCAUAGUGCCUACGUGUCUGCCAAGAAGUGGAACAGGAAGCAUCUACAUGUCGUCAACCCCAUGAUGCUCAGCCUGAAGGACUUGUGGUUCUCAGAGUUUGCUGACCUCAGGUUUGUUCGAGUAGCAGAUCUACUGCGAGGGAAGUUGCCUCUGCAGCCUCAGCAGUAUCAAUCUGUGAUCCGGACGCACUGCCUGGAUGCACACCAGGUUCUGAUCACCAGUUGGUUGCCCGCCUGUGCCAACCUUUUUAUCUCUCGGAAGGACCAGUGGAUCCAUUUUGCUCCCAAGAACGAGUAUAAUUCCUCUCAUAUCAUUGAGGAGUAUUUUGCAUCUGUUGCCUCUUUCAUGUCCCUCCAGCUCAGAGAACUGGUCAUUAAGUCUUUUGAAGACCUAGUCUCCUUUUUCAUGAUACACAAGGAUGGAAAUGAUUUCAAGGAGCCCUACCAAGAGAUGGAUUUCUUCACACCUCAACAAAUCAUGAUCAAACUUGAAGUCAAAGAACCCAUCAUUGUCUUUAACCCGUCGUUUGAUGACUGCUGGAAAAUAAUACAAGACUCUUUCCUGGAAAUCAUUAGAAGCUCUGAGAAGAUCCCCAAGGUGGAAUCUCUCCUAUUCCCAGAGUUGAAAGGCUAUCAUCUAACCCUUGGAACGGUGAGAGCUGACGAAAAACUAGUUGCUGAUUUUGUGGAUCAGACUCUUAAGGUAUAUCAGAAAAACCAAGUUGGCCCUAACAAAUACUUAAAUGUGUACAAGAAGUAUGAUGACUUACUGGAUAAUACGGCAGAGCGAAACAUCACCGCUUUCCUGAAAGAAAACCAUGACAUCGAGGAUUUUGUGAAGAGGAUCAAUGACAUUAAGAAGCUGAGAAAUGAAAUUGCAUCCAUGCACAUUACCGUGCCUUUGGCCAUGUUCUGCCUCGAUGCCACGGCCCUGAAUUACGAUCUCUGUGAGCGAGCCCAAAAUCUUAAAGAUCGUCUGAUUCAGUUCCAGGUGGAUGUAAACCGGGACACCAACGGCAGCAUUUGUAAUCAGUACAGCACCAUUGCGAACAAAGUCAGUGAGGUCCCUGCCAACACCGAGCAGCUGGUGUCCCUCAUUGAAUUCUUAAAGAAAUCCAGCGACGUCACUGUGUUCAAACUCAGGAGGCAACUUAGAGAUGCAAUUGAACGGAUAGAGUUUCUGUUGGACUACGCAGACCUACCCCGUACGUCCAGUACUAUUGAAGAUAUCUUUGAAAACAGCCGGAGCCUGCUCUUUAACAAGCGGGAUCAGGCCGAGGUGGAUCUGAUUAAACGGUGUGCAGAAUUCGAGUCAAAGCUUGAGGGCUACAACAAGGACCUCGAAACCUUUAGGAAGUGUGAGGUGAUGGCCACGGAAGAGCUGAGGAACAAUGUGGAGAAGCUUAAUGAAUUAUCCAAGAACUUGGAGCAGGCGCUGGUGGAAUUUGAGGUGAUCAAUAAGGAGGAGGAGCUGUUGGAAAAGGAGAAGAGUGCCUUCCCCCUCCUGCAAACCAUGUUGAUCAACAAAGUGCCUUAUGAGCAGCUGUGGGUGACGGCUUACGAGUUCAGCAUGAAAUCGGAGGAGUGGAUGAACGGACCUCUGUACGUACUGAAUGCUGAGGAAAUUGCUGAGGAAAUCGCGACUAUGUGGAGGACGACAUAUAAACUCAUCAAGACGUUAGCCGAUGUUCCGGCACCGAGGCGCUUAGCGGAGAACUUGAAAGUCAAGAUCGAUAAAUUCAAGCAGUACCUUCCCAUCCUGAGCAUCGCCUGCAACCCGGGGAUGGAAGAUCGACACUGGCAGCAGAUCAGUGAGAUUGUUGGCUGUGAAAUAAAGCCCAACGAAACAACUUGCCUCCAAAAUAUGCUGGAGAUUGGAUUCGGCAAAUUCAUUGAUAAACUGGAACCCAUUGGAGCAAUCGCCAGUAAAGAAUACACCUUGGAGAAAAAUUUGGAGAAAAUGAAAUUGGACUGGAUCAACAUGACAUUCAACUUUGUGAAAUACAGAGAUACUGAAACCAGCAUCUUGUGUGCCGUUGACGACAUUCAGCUGCUGCUUGAUGAUCACAUUUUAAAGACUCAGACCAUGUGUGGCUCACCGUUCAUCAAGCCAAUAGAAGCAGAAUGCCGGAAGUGGGAAGAAAAGCUCCUUUGUGUGCAAGAAAAUUUGGAUGCUUGGUUGAAAUGCCAAGCCACGUGGCUAUACCUGGAGCCCAUCUUCAGUUCAGAGGACAUCAUAGCCCAGAUGCCAGAAGAGGGCAGGAAAUUCGCCAUCGUUGAUGGUAACUGGAAGUCAAUCAUGUCCCAAGCAAUGAAAGACGCCAGGGUUCUGAUGGCAGCUGACCAGCCCAGAAUGAGCAAGAAGCUUCAUGAAGCUAAUCUUCUGUUGGAUGACAUCCAAAAAGGGCUAAAUGAUUACUUGGAGAAGAAGAGACUAUUUUUCCCCAGGUUCUUCUUCCUGUCCAAUGAUGAGCUACUGGAGAUCCUGUCUGAAACAAAGGAUCCCCUCCGUGUCCAGCCACAUUUGAAGAAGUGCUUUGAGGGAAUUUCCAGGCUGGAGUUCACUAAACACUUGGAAAUCAACGGCAUGAUAAGCUCAGAAAAAGAAGUGGUUCCAUUCAAGCAGAAAGUCUACCCAGCUCAAGCCAAAGGCAUGGUGGAGAAGUGGCUCCAGCAGGUGGAGCAGAUGAUGCUCGCCAGUAUUCGAGAGGUCAUUAAACUUGGGAUUGAAGCCUAUGACAAGGUCUCUCGUGAUCAAUGGGUCUUACAGUGGCCUGGCCAGGUAGUUAUCUGUGUCUCUUCCAUCUUUUGGACCCAGGAGGUAUCCCAAGCUAUACUUGAUAACACCUUACCAGGUUUUCUGCAAAAGAGCAAUGAUCAGAUUGCACAGAUUGUCCAGCUGGUGCGGGGGAAGCUGAGCAGUGGGGCUCGGCUCACACUCGGCGCCCUCACAGUCAUCGAUGUCCACGCUCGUGAUGUGGUGGCCAAGUUAUCUGAGGACAAUGUUUCUGAUCUGAGCGACUUUCAGUGGAUCUCCCAGCUGCGCUACUACUGGGAUUCCAAAGAUGUGAAGGUGCAGAUGAUAACCACAGAAGCCUUGUAUGGCUAUGAGUACCUGGGCAACUCCCCCCGGCUGGUGAUUACGCCCCUCACUGACCGCUGCUACAGAACAUUGAUGGGGGCUCUGAAGCUGAACCUUGGGGGUGCUCCUGAGGGUCCAGCUGGGACAGGCAAGACAGAAACCACCAAAGAUCUGGCCAAAGCUUUGGCCAAGCAGUGUGUGGUCUUCAACUGCUCUGAUGGUUUGGACUACAAAGCCAUGGGGAAGUUCUUCAAGGGUCUGGCGCAGGCAGGAGCAUGGGCCUGCUUUGAUGAGUUCAACAGGAUUGAGGUCGAAGUGCUCUCGGUCAUAGCUCAGCAGAUCCUCAGCAUUCAGCAGGCCAUCAUCCGGAAGCUGAAGACGUUCAUCUUUGAAGGCACCAAACUCUCUCUGAACCCAACCUGUGCCGUCUUCAUCACCAUGAACCCCGGCUAUGCUGGCAGGGCUGAGCUGCCAGAUAAUCUCAAGGCUUUAUUCAGGACAGUAGCCAUGAUGGUGCCAGAUUAUGCCCUGAUUGGAGAAAUCUCCCUCUAUUCUAUGGGGUUUCUGGACUCCCGAAGCCUCUCCCAGAAGAUUGUCGCCACCUACCGGCUGUGCUCAGAGCAGCUCUCCUCCCAGCACCACUACGACUACGGCAUGCGAGCUGUCAAGUCUGUGCUCACUGCCGCAGGCAACCUGAAGCUCAAGUAUCCACAGGAGAAUGAAAGCGUCCUGCUGCUCCGGGCAUUGCUGGAUGUCAACCUGGCCAAGUUCCUGGCUCAAGAUGUCCCUCUAUUUCAGGGAAUUAUAUCGGAUUUGUUUCCUGGAAUUAUUCUUCCAAAACCAGACUAUGAUAUUUUCAUGGAAGUGUUGAAUGAGAACCUCAAGAAGAUGAAACUCCAGCCGGUACCUUGGUUUAUUGGGAAAAUUAUUCAGAUUUAUGAAAUGAUGCUGGUAAGACAUGGCUACAUGAUUGUCGGCAACCCCAUGGGCGGCAAGACGUGCGCUUACAAAGUGUUGGCGGCAGCUCUGGGUGAUUUACACGCAGCCAACCAGAUGGAGGAGUUUGGCGUGGAGUACAAGAUUAUCAACCCUAAAGCUAUUACUAUGGGGCAGCUGUAUGGGUGCUUUGACCCAGUGAGCCAUGAAUGGACAGAUGGGGUUCUUGCCAACGCUUUCCGAGAGCAGGCAUCUUCAGUGUCUGAUGACCGCAAGUGGAUUAUAUUUGAUGGGCCAGUGGAUGCUGUUUGGAUUGAAAAUAUGAACACUGUUCUGGAUGACAAUAAAAAGCUGUGCCUUAUGAGUGGAGAGAUUAUCCAGAUGAGCCCCAAGAUGAGCUUGAUCUUUGAGCCCGCGGACCUUGAGCAGGCCUCGCCGGCCACUGUGAGCAGGUGUGGGAUGAUCUACAUGGAGCCCCAUCAGCUGGGCUGGAAGCCCCUGAAGGAUUCAUACAUGGAUACCUUGCCUGCUAGGCUCACGGAGGAGCACAAGGAAUUGGUUAAUGACAUGUUCAUGUGGCUCGUCCAGCCCUGCUUGGAAUUUAUUCGCCUUCAAUGUAGAUUUGUGGUGCAGACAUCCCCCAUCCACCUUGUCUUCUCAAUGAUGAGACUGUACUCCUCCCUGCUUGAUGAAAUCAAUACCGCGGAAGAGGAGGACAGUGAAUUAAAUGAAGGUUUGACAAGUCUCCAGAUCUUCCUUUGGCUGCAAGCCCUGUUCCUGUUUGCCUUGGUGUGGACGAUAGCUGGCACCAUCAAUGCAGACAGCAGAAAGAAAUUUGAUGUGUUUUUCCGCAACUUGAUCAUGGAUAUGGAUGACAACCACCCAAGGCCCAAAAGUGUUAGACUCACCAAAAACAACAUCUUCCCAGAAAAUGGAAGCAUCUAUGACUUCUAUUUCCUCAAGCAAGGGAGAGGACAUUGGAACGCAUGGACGGAGUAUAUAACCAAAGAGGAGGAGGAAAUCCCAGAGGGCGCCAAGGUCUCAGAACUCAUCAUCCCCACAAUGGAGACAGCCCGACAGUCCUUCUUCUUAAAAACCUACUUGGACCAUGAGAUUCCGACACUCUUCGUGGGACCUACGGGCACUGGCAAGUCGGCUAUCACCAACAAUUUCCUUCUGUGCCUUUCCAAAAACACCUACCUGCCCAACUGUAUCAAUUUCUCGGCCAGAACCUCAGCCGGUCAGACCCAGGAUAUCAUCAUGUCCAAACUGGAUCGGAGGCGGAAAGGUCUUUUCGGGCCUCCUGUAGGGAAGAAAGCAGUGGUGUUUGUGGAUGACCUCAAUAUGCCAGCCAAGGAGGUGUACGGAGCUCAGCCCCCCAUUGAGCUCUUAAGACAAUGGAUCGACCAUGGUUACUGGUUUGAUAAGAAGGACGCGAACAGGCUGGAUAUCACAGAUGUGUUGCUUGUGACAGCUAUGGGCCCUCCUGGGGGAGGAAGGCAUGACAUUACUGGACGAUUCACUCGCCAUCUGAAUAUCAUUUCCAUCAACGCCUUUGAGGAUGACACCUUGACCAAGAUUUUCAGUUCUAUCGUUGACUGGCACUUUCGCAAAGGGUUUGAUGUGAUAUUCUUAAGGUACGGAAAGAUGCUGGUACAUGCUACCAUGACAAUUUACAAAGCCGCAGUUGAGAAUUUCCUGCCAACUCCCUCCAAGUCCCACUAUGUCUUCAACCUGCGGGACUUCUCACGAGUGAUCCAGGGGGUGCUGCUCUGCCCUCACACCCACCUGCAGGAUGCAGAAAAACUUAUCCGGCUUUGGAUCCAUGAGGUAUAUCGAGUCUUCUAUGACCGUCUGAUUGAUCAGGAGGACAGACAGGUCUUCUUCAACAUGGUGAAAGAAACCACUGCCAGUUGCUUCAAGCAAACCAUGGAAAAGGUCCUCAUCCACCUCUCACCCACCGGAAAGAUCGCUGAUGAUAACAUUCGGAGUCUCUUCUUUGGUGAUUUCUUCCAACCAGAGAGUGAGCAGAAAAUCUAUGAUGAGAUCACGGACCUGAGGCAACUCACAGUUGUCAUGGAUUACUACCUGGAGGAGUAUAACAACAUCAGCAAGGCCCCCAUGUCCUUGGUCAUGUUCAAGUUUGCCAUUGAGCACAUAUCCCGGAUUUGCAGGGUCCUGAAGCAAAACAAAGGCCACUUGCUCCUGGUGGGCAUUGGGGGCAGCGGGCGGCAGAGCGCCACCAAGCUGUCCACUUUCAUGAACUCCUAUGAGCUCUACCAGAUCGAGAUCACCCGGAACUACACGGGCAGUGACUGGCGAGAGGACCUGAAGAAGAUCAUGCUGCAGGUCGGCGUGGCCACCAAGAGCACUGUGUUCCUCUUCUCUGACAAUCAGAUCAAGGACGAGUCCUUUGUGGAGGACAUCAACAUGCUGCUGAACACAGGCGACGUGCCCAACAUCUUCGCCGCUGACGAGAAGGCUGACAUUGUGGAGAAGAUGCAAACGGCGGCCAGAACGGAAGGAGAGAAGAUGGAAAUCACACCUCUCUCGAUGUACAACUUCUUCAUCGAGAGGGUCAAGAAGAACCUUCACAUCGUCCUUGCCAUGAGUCCAAUUGGAGAUGCCUUCCGGAACCGUCUUCGGAUGUUCCCUUCAUUGAUCAACUGCUGUACAAUUGAUUGGUUCCAGUCUUGGCCCACAGAUGCCCUGGAGUUGGUGGCCAACAAAUUCCUGGAGGAUGUGGAGCUCGAUGUCAGCAUUCGGACGGAGGUCAUCUCCAUGUGCAUAUAUUUUCAAGAGAGCGUGAGGGAUCUGUCGGUGAAUUUCUAUAACACACUCUCCAGACACAACUAUGUAACGCCCACCUCCUACCUGGAACUGAUCCUCACCUUCAAGACCCUCCUCAACAGCAAGAGGCAUGAGGUUGAUAUGAUGAAGAAUCGCUACCUGGUGGGCCUGGAGAAGCUUGAGUUUGCAUCUUCACAGGUGGCCGUGAUGCAAGUGGAGCUGACUGCCCUACAGCCCCAACUCAUUCAGACCUCCGAGGAGACUGCCAGCAUGAUGGUGAAGAUUGAAAUGGAGACCAAAGAAGCUGAUGCCAAGAAACUUCUGGUGCAGGCAGAUGAAGAAGAAGCCAACAAGGCGGCCGCCAUUUCUCAAGCAAUCAAGACUGAAUGUGAGGGGGACCUGGCCGAGGCAAUGCCCGCACUAGAGGCUGCACUCGCAGCACUGGACACCCUGAAUCCUGCACACAUCACCCUGGUGAAGGCCAUGCAGAACCCCCCGGGCCCUGUCAAGCUGGUCAUGGAAAGCAUUUGUGUCAUGAAGGGGCUGCGGCCAGAGAGGAAGCCAGACCCUGGUGGUUCAGGGAAGAUGAUUGAAGAUUACUGGGGGCCGUCAAGGAAGCUACUCGGAGAUCUGAAGUUUCUAGAAAGCCUGAAAACCUACGAUAAAGACAACAUCCCCCCAGCCAUCAUGAAGAGGAUCCGGGAACGGUUCAUCGAUCACCCCGACUUCCAGCCAGCGGUCAUCAAAAACGUGUCAUCGGCCUGUGAAGGGCUGUGCAAGUGGGUGAGGGCCAUGGAGGUGUACGACCGGGUGGCCAAGGUAGUGGCUCCGAAGCGGGAGCGGCUGAAGGAGGCCGAGGAGAAGCUGGACGUGCAGAUGCAGAAGCUGAACCUGAAGCGGGCAGAGCUGAAGCUGGUGGAGGACCGCCUGCAGGCCCUGAAUGACAGCUUCCAGGAGAUGAACACCAAGAAGAACACGCUGGAGGAGAACAUUGAGCUCUGCUCCCAGAAGCUGAUCCGGGCAGAGAAGCUCAUCAGUGGCCUCGGGGGUGAGAAGGACAGGUGGACAGAAGCGGCCCGGCAGUUGGGGAUCCGCUAUGUUAACCUGACGGGAGAUGUGUUGGUGUCCUCGGCCACCGUGGCUUACCUGGGCGCCUUCACCGUGGACUAUCGGACAGAGUGCCAGAAGCAGUGGCUGGAGUGUUGUAAAGAGAAGGCCAUUCCUGGCUCCAGUGACUUCAGUCUCAGCAACACGCUCGGGGACCCCGUCAAGAUCCGUGCCUGGCAGAUUGCGGGCCUCCCCAUCGACUCCUUCUCCAUCGACAACGGCAUCAUCGUGUCCAAUUCCCGGCGCUGGGCCUUAAUGAUCGACCCUCAGGGGCAGGCCAAUAAAUGGAUCAAGAACAUGGAGAAGGCCAAUAAGCUAGCCGUCAUCAAGUUCUCGGACCCCACCUACGUGAGGACGUUGGAGAACGCCCUGCAGUUUGGCACUCCUGUCUUGCUGGAGAAUGUUGGGGAAGAGCUCGAUGCCUCGAUCGAACCCAUCUUGCUCAAGUCCACGUUCAAGCAACAAGGGGUUGAGUACAUGAGGCUGGGUGAGAACAUCAUUGAAUACUCCAGGGACUUUAAGUUCUACAUCACGACCCGCUUGAGGAACCCGCACUACCUCCCUGAGGUGGCCGUCAAAGUCUGUCUCCUGAACUUCAUGAUCACCCCGUUGGGCCUCCAGGACCAGCUCCUCGCCAUCGUGGCUGCCAAGGAGAAGCCCGAGCUGGAGGACCAGAAGAACAAGCUGAUCGUGGAAAGCGCCCAGAACAAGCAGCAGCUCAAGGAGAUCGAAGAUAAGAUCUUGGAGGUCCUCUCCCUGUCCAAGGGCAACAUCCUGGAGGACGAGACGGCCAUCCAAAUCUUGUCUUCCUCCAAGGUGCUGUCCGAAGAAAUCUCCAAAAAGCAAGAGAUCGCUUCGGUGACAGAGAUGCAGAUCGAUGAGACCCGGAUGGGCUACAAGCCGGUGGCCGUGCACUCAGCCACUAUCUUCUUUUGCAUCUCGGACCUGGCCCACAUCGAGCCCAUGUACCAGUACUCGCUGGCCUGGUUCAUCAACCUGUACGUGCAGUCGCUGGCAUCAAGCAGGAAGAGCGAGGACCUGGACACGCGCAUCGACUCCAUCAUCGAGCACUUCACCCUCAGUGUCUACAGCAACAUCUGCCGCUCCCUGUUCGAGAAGGACAAACUGCUGUUCUCCCUGCUCCUGACCGUGGGCAUCCUGAAGGAGAAACAGCAGAUUGACGAGGAUGUCUGGCACUUCCUCCUCACCGGGGGUGUGGCCCUGGACAACCCCUACCCCAACCCGGACCCCGAGUGGCUGUCGGAGAAGGCCUGGUCCGAAAUCGUGCGUGCCUCCACGCUACCCGGCCUGAAAGACCUGAUGGAAGAUUUCCAAAAUAAUACUAACCAUUGGAAGCCAAUCUAUGACUCGGCCUGGCCCCACGAGCGGCCCUUUCCUGGCCAGUGGAAGUUUCUGGAAGGACUGGAGAGGCUGGCCAUCCUCCGGUGUCUGCGGCCAGACAAGAUUGUCCCAGCGGUUCAGAACUUCAUCUCGGAGCACAUGGGGAAGAUGUACAUCGAGCCUCCAACGUUUGAUCUCCAGGGUUCCUACAACGAUUCCAGUUGUUGUGCACCAUUGAUCUUCGUGCUGUCUCCGGGUGCAGACCCGAUGGCAGGCUUGUUGAAAUUUGCCGAUGAUAUUGGCAUGGGCGGUGUCAGAACACAGACCAUCUCCCUUGGCCAAGGCCAAGGCCCUAUUGCUGCCCAGAUGAUCAACACGGCCCUUAAAGAUGGGACCUGGGUGGUCUUACAGAACUGCCAUCUGGCCACCAGCUGGAUGCCCACACUGGAGAAGAUCUGCGAAGAAGUCAUCAUUCCCGAGAACACCAACAGCCAUUUCAGACUCUGGCUGACCAGCUACCCAUCAGAGAAGUUUCCAGUCAGCAUUCUCCAGAAUGGGAUCAAAAUGACCAACGAGCCUCCCAAGGGGCUCCGGGCCAACCUUUUACGCUCCUACCUCAAUGAUCCCAUCUCGGACCCCCUGUUCUUCCAAAGCUGUGAGAAGCCAGUGAUGUGGCACAAGCUUCUGUUUGGCCUUUGCUUCUUCCACGCCGUGGUUCAAGAGAGGAGAAACUUUGGGCCGCUGGGUUGGAAUAUUCCUUAUGAGUUCAAUGAAUCCGACCUGAGGAUUAGCAUGCAGCAGAUCAAGAUGUUCCUGAACGAAUACGUCGAGGUGCCCUUUGAUGCUCUGACGUAUCUGACAGGGGAAUGCAAUUAUGGAGGCCGAGUGACGGAUGACAAAGACAGGCGUCUCCUGCUGUCCCUCCUGUCCACAUUCUACUGUAAGGAGAUUGAAAACGACCGUUACCCCCUCGCUCCUGGGGACACUUACUACAUCCCUCCCCAUGGCACUUACCAGUCCUACCUCGACUAUAUGAGGGGCCUCCCCAUCACAGCGCACCCAGAAGUGUUCGGUCUCCAUGCGAAUGCCGACAUCGCCAAGGACAGCCAGGAAACCAGCCAGCUGUUUCAGGGGGUGCUGCUGACCCUCCCCAGGCAGUCCGCAGGGAGCGGCAAGUCCUCUCAGGAAGUGGUUGAGGAGCUGGCCAAAGAUAUACUCUCCAAACUUCCCAACGACUUUGACCUGGAUAUGGUCAUGAAGUUGUACCCUGUGGUCUAUGAAGAGUCCAUGAACACCGUCCUGAGGCAGGAGCUCAUCAGAUUCAACAGGCUAACCGAAGUAGUUCGCGGAAGCCUCAUGGAUCUUGGCCGAGCCAUCAAAGGCCAGGUCCUGAUGUCUUCGGAACUGGAGGAUGUUUUCAACAGCAUGCUCGUGGGUAAAGUGCCUGCCAUGUGGAUGGCCAAGUCCUACCCAUCUCUGAAGCCCCUGGGGGGUUAUGUGACUGAUCUGCUGGCCCGCUUGACUUUCUUCCAGAAAUGGAUUGACAAGGGGCCCCCUGUAGUCUUUUGGAUCUCCGGAUUCUACUUCACACAGUCCUUUUUGACUGGAGUCUCACAGAAUUAUGCCCGGAAAUAUACCAUCCCCAUCGACCACAUUGGGUUUGAGUUUGAGGUGACCAAACAAGAAACAAAAAUGAAGAAGAAUCCAGAAAAUGGGGCCUACAUUAAGGGACUCUUUUUAGAAGGUGGCCGCUGGGACAGGAAGAAGAUGCGGAUUGGAGAGUCUCUCCCCAAAAUCCUCCAUGACCCACUACCCAUCAUUUGGCUGAAACCUGGAGACAGUGCUACAUUUCUGCAUGAGAACAUUUACCAGUGUCCAGUCUACAAAACGAGCGCUCGGAGAGGCACCCUCUCCACCACAGGCCAUUCCACCAACUACGUCCUCUCCAUUGAGCUUCCCACAAACAGGCCCCAGAAGCACUGGAUAAACCGAGGGGUGGCCUCACUGUGCCAGCUGGAUGACUGA